ACCGGCUUGCACAAGCGGCGGGAGCGGCUGAAGCCCUUGGCGCCCGGAGCACACACGCCCCCCCCUCCCAGCGCCGCGGAGGAGGGGGGACCCUCUCCAGGGGCUUUUGCGCCCUCAGCAGGAUGCUCUUGCGCCGCGUUCAUGCACCGUCUCUGUCUUCCCCAGCGCGGGGGAGCUAGCAGGGCUGGCCCUCCUUACGGUCCUUGCGCCUUUCCUUAGCAGAGGCGCGGGGCUGACUGGGUGCUCUCCUUCUCCCCCCGCCCCCAGUAAAGCGGCUGAGGCUGGGUUACGCUGGCCCAGUCACGGGCGCAAGGUUGAAAAGCGGGUGGCGACGGCGUCCUCAUUCAGGAACGGCACGGAUGUCGGUCUCCAGGUGCUGUGGCGGCGGCAGCAGAGCGAAGCGUCCUUUGCAGGGCCGGGAUUGGAAAGUAUGUAUGACCAAUUGUCCUACGCUAAUUGUUAUGGUUGGCCUCCCAGCAAGAGGGAAAACUUACAUCUCCAAAAAAUUGACACGCUACUUAAAUUGGAUUGGAGUGCCUACAAAAGAAUUUAAUGUUGGCCAGUAUCGCCGAGAUUUGGUAAAAACGUACAAAUCCUUUGAAUUUUUCCUGCCAGACAAUGAAGAAGGCCUGAAAAUCCGAAAAAUGUGCGCCUUAGCAGCACUGAAUGAUGUUCGUUGGUAUCUCAGUGAAGAAAAAGGGCAUGUGGCAGUUUUUGAUGCUACAAAUACUACAAGAGAACGCAGAGAAACUAUUUAUAAGUUUGGGGAAGAAAAUGGUUACAAGACCUUUUUCGUUGAGUCAGUAUGUGUUGAUCCAGAAGUCAUCGCUGCAAAUAUUGUGCAAGUGAAACUGGGCAGCCCUGAUUAUGUUGACUGCAGUAGUGAUGAAGCUACUGAAGAUUUUAUGAAAAGAAUUGAGUGUUACAAGAAUUCAUAUGAGUCACUAGAUGAAACUUUAGACAAGGAUCUUUCUUAUAUUAAAAUCAUGGAUGUUGGAAGGAGUUACCUUGUGAACCGAGUAAUGGACCACAUCCAAAGUCGGAUUGUUUACUACCUCAUGAAUAUCCAUGUAACGCCUCGUUCCAUCUACCUCUGUCGGCAUGGGGAAAGUGAGCUAAAUCUGAAGGGAAGGAUAGGAGGAGACACAGGGCUGUCCCGCAGAGGAAAAGAGUUUGCCAAGAGCCUUGCACAAUUUAUUAAUGAACAAAACAUCAAAGACCUGAAAGUAUGGACAAGCCAGAUGAAAAGGACCAUUCAGACUGCAGAGGCUUUGGGAGUGCCUUAUGAGCAAUGGAAAGUUUUGAAUGAAAUAGAUGCUGGAGUAUGUGAAGAAAUGACGUAUGAAGAAAUUCAAGAAAAUUAUCCAUUAGAAUUUGCUUUGAGAGACCAGGAUAAAUACAGAUACAGAUAUCCUAAAGGCGAAUCCUAUGAAGAUCUUGUUCAAAGAUUGGAACCAGUAAUUAUGGAAUUGGAAAGGCAGGAAAAUGUGCUUGUAAUCUGUCACCAAGCUGUUAUGCGCUGUCUGCUCGCUUACUUUCUGGACAAGCCUGCAGAACAACUGCCUUAUCUCAAGUGCCCACUGCAUACUGUCUUAAAGCUAACCCCAGUGGCUUAUGGUUGCAAGUUGGAAUCUAUAUUUCUGAACGUUGAAGCUGUAAAUACUCACAGAGACAAACCACAGAAUGUAGACAUUUCAAGACCUCCCGAGGAAGCCCUUGUAACUGUCCCUGCUCACCAGUGAAUCCAGUGUCCUGAUCAGCUAUGAAACCUGUGAAUGUAUGCAUUAACCGCUCUCGAGAGGAAGCCUUGAAGACAGUACCUAAUCAUUUGUAGCUUCCUUGACCUACAACACCGUCCCAAACUGCUGAAGCAGUGUUAAAGAAACAACUCAGGGACAUGAGAACAAACAGCCUACAAGAAAACCAAGCAGUGACAUUAAAAUUCAUGCACUCCUCUCUUUGAAUGUGUGUUCCUCUCCCGGAGGAAGAUGGGCUUGGCAUUAGAGAGUGAAAUGUACCAAGUAUUUAUGGAACAGGGAAUGAAAUUUCUUUUAAAUUAACUUGUUGUUUUUACUCUGUUUUUCUUUAUUCGUGGAUGUCAAGAAGGUUAUAAAAUUCAGUUGUCACUUUUAAUGUUCUGUUUUAGCUUUUAAAUGUUGGUAUUCUUCUAGAAUAUUUUUGGAAGCUGUUCUUACUGUGAGAGGCCACCUAGCUCCAGACUUCCUUGUUUUCAGUUUUUCAUUU